AAACUUUUUCUUUUUAUAUAUAAUUUUAGAUAUGUGAUUGUACAAUUAGCUAGUGUGAUAUCCGGAAGCACGCGUAUGUGGAUACGUGAGCGUUCUGCUGAUAAGUUUCGUGGUAUAUUUUAUGAUCCAGCAGUUGGACGUGAAGUAUUAUUUGAAGAAAAGCAGAAAGUGAAAGGGAAAGCAUCCUUGCAAGAGAAUGUAAAGAAACGUUUUAAUCUGACGAUUGAAUCUAUUUUUGGUAGUAGUUCGCAGUUAUUUGUUAUAUUGCAUGAAAUGGAAGGUCUAAAAUGGACUGGCUUUGCUGACUAUUUUGAACAACAGACUUGGGUUACAUUUUUGAUUACAUUAUUGGUGAUACUCAUCCCAAUAAUUGCAUAUAUUGUGAAAAAGAAGUUUUCACGAGGUGAUACAGUUCUUAUUACUGGUCUGUGUGAUUCUGGGAAAACGGUGUUAUUUUCAAAAUUGAUUAAUCCAAAAUACAGUCCUGAUACUUUUGCAUCUUUAAAAGAGAACGUACAUGAGAAUUUUCAAGUUGCCGAGAAGUUAGUUACUAUAGUCGAUUUUCCUGGCUCUGAAAAACUUCGAAGACACCUUUUUGAAAACUAUUUUGAGAAAAAUCAGAAUAAAUUAAGAGGAAUAAUUUUUUUGGUCGACAGUUCGACAUUCAGCAAAAAAGCCCGAGAUGUUGCAGCUUUCCUUUAUGAUAUCUUAUAUGAAUCGGAUAAGAAAAUCCCAAUACUCGUAGCAUGCAAUAAACAAGACUGUCCUUUUGCUAAAAGCGCGCUAGCUGUGCGGACAGCGUUAGAGCGGGAGUUUGGUUACAUUAAUGGAACUAGGGGAGCAGCACUGGAUUCUAUUGAUGGAAUAACAAAAAAAAGAACACUUACCACUACAGGUAAAAAUUUUCAGUGGAAGGAUUUAGCACCGCGACGUUUGGAUUUCGUUGAAUGUUGUGCGAAGGAAGAAAAUGAAAGUAAGAAUAGUAGUAGCCUUUGUCAAAUCGAGGCAGUACAAACGUGGAUUGCCACUUUAUAA